AUGGCAGCAGACGCGGCGGAUGCAAGCGGAGGGACCCAAGUCCAGUACCUGGAUGAGCUUGAGGGAUGGGUUCUCGACGAGCAGAAGGUGGUGACCUUCCGCUGGCUGGCCCUUGUGCUUUCGGUGACGGCGAACGCGGCAAAGAAGAUGUUGUACGACUUCUGCCAGCGGCAAGGCGAGCGGAAGGUUUCGGCGACAUACCUCGUCGUGGGGAGGAGCGGCAUCGGCGGUUUCGGGGCUGUGGAGGUGAAGCUCGUUUCGGCGGAGGGUUUGGACAGCACCCGGAAGGCGCUUGAAACCGUCACCUGCGUACACGUGUACAGCGUUCAGCCCGCGCCCUGCUCUCAGCCCGCGGCCGACAUGUCCACCCAGUUGUGGGCGACGGACCUGGAGCACACGAAGGAGAUGGUUGAGGAGAGCACGGAAGCGGGGGCCAACCUGCGAACCCACAGGUUGAGCGGAGUCCGUUGCCCAGAGGGCGUGGACGUUCCCGUGCCAAAGGCCCCGCCUCCGCCCGAGCGCGUCCAGGAAGAGUCGCCCUUCGCCCCCCGCGGCGGCGGCGCGGCCACCGGCGGGGCGGCGGGCGGCGGGGGGGGCGGUCGGAAGAAUGCCUCCUCCAAGCCGAAGGGGAAGGCGAUCGCUCCCAAAGACUUCUUCGCAGCGGCGGGAGGCGGGAAGGGAAAAGGGAAAGCGGGGGAGGGGAAGAAGGGGGCCGUGGGGACGGCGGCAGAAGAGGGGAAACAGGCGGCCGUGGCGGCGGCAGCGGCGACGCCGGCGGCCGCGGACGCUAAGAAAAAGAAGGCCGGGGGCAUCGGGUCCUUCUUUGGGAAGGCUUCUGCGGCUCCUCCUGCCGCGGCAAAGGAAAAGAAGGAGGACGAGGAGGGCGUCGGCGACGAUGGCAGUGACGACGAAGCGGGAGGGAGGGAGGAGGCGGAAUCCACUCCGGGGUCCGGGGCGGCCACAAAGGGCCGAGGAAAGGCCAAGAAGGCCGGGGGAGGUAGUGGUGCGAAAGGAGGGUCCGGCAGCGAGGCGGGGAGCGGCAAGAGCGAGGACGAAGAAGGAGGCGGAGAGAAGAAGAAGCGGAGGAGGGGGAAGGGGACGGCGGCGAGCACUAGCGCCAAGCGCAAGGGGAGAUACGACAGCGAUGAUGAAGAAGAGGAGACCAGCAAGAAGGAACCCGUCAGGAAGCCCUGCAGCCCGCCAAGACCAACCAGGCAAGAACGCCACCGCCGGGUAUGAAGAAGGCAAAGAUCGGCGUGGAAAACAAGGCCGAGGGGCCAGUGGAAACCCCGGCAGGCGCCAAGGGCAAGGAUGGGGCGACUGCGACCAAGAAAAAGACGGGAAAGGCGGCUCCCAAAUCCGGCGGGAAGCAGGCCAGCAUGAUGAGCUUCUUCAAGAAGGCGUGACCCACCGGGCUAUUUGGAGCGAAUAAAUGGUCUUGCCGAUAGCUCCACUGUCCAAGUUGUACAGAUCGAUGAAUUUGAGCGCAGGGAUUGGCCUACAGGUUGAAAGGUCAACGGAAACUCGCGUGCUUCCAUCACCUGGUGUUUCUUUUUUCCUGGUGCUUCUCGGUUUAGAGUUGCCGUAGCCCGGAAGAUCAUGCCGUUUUACCAGGGAACCGCCUGGUCGACUGCCAGGAAGUUGCCUGGCUCGGUCUGGGUCGGACUGCCAGGUGUUGAUUCGGAUUCUAUACACUUCGAGCAGGGUGCGUUCUUUCUUAAGAAGCCGGGUUUCUUAUGGGAACGCGCCUCGAAAGCGGUUGAUUCGUUAGGUUUGUGGUCAGCGUUGUAGUGAGCGCCCUUCGUCCGCUAGAAUAAUUCUCUCCGGCCGCCUUCACCGGUCGAUCUGUCGAGACAAACCGCUUUAUGUGAUUGGAGUUCACUUGAAUAGAGGGAG